ACAUUUUGUAGCAAUUCAGACGCAGUCGGAAAGAAGACGAGAGAGAGAGAAAGGGAGAGAAAGGAGGCGAUUGGGUCCCGAAGGUAUUUUCCCAUCUACGAGGGUGACCACCAACCGAUUUUGUGGGAAAGCUUACCAAGGGACAUCUGUUUUGCUAAAACAAAAAAAAAACAAAAAAAACGGAAGAAAGGCUUCGACGAUCAAGCCUGAAGAAGUCGGUCCUGCGGCUUCGUGGUGGUAUCGUGUGCGCCGAGGUGAAUUCAUGUUCAGCUCGGCUCCGCGACCAAGCGACGCCCAUCGGCACUCGACGACCGCCAGCCCGGCACACUCGACGGGACAAAGACCGCUCGAUACUAGCAGGAGGAGACCCGACGACGACAACAUCAACGUCGACUGUUCUCGGAGACGGAGGCUGUUUGAAGGCGAAAGGCAGACGAAAAGGACGAAGAAGAGGAAUCUCUUCCCGGUUAACUUUGUGGCAACAAAGAGGUGACAGUCAAAGUGAAGAAUCAUGGGAGGUGGAGGCGGAGAGCGGUGCAGCAACAUUCCAGGCCCACACCACGAGCGCCCCAAGAAGAAGAACCAGCAGCUGGGCCGAACCAAGCAAAGGGGCCGUGACCAGAAUGGCAAUGUGACUGUGGUGUCGGCCGGUGGCGCCCUCUACAACCACCACCGCCGCAGCAGCGACAAGAGCGUCCUGGUGUACCAAUGCUCCCCGGAGGCACGGCAGGCCGAGGCGGCCGCUUCCAUCGUCCGCCUGGCUGUUGCCUAUGAGCAGGAUUGGGAGGGGGCUGUGUCCCACCUCAACACGCUGCUGAGCGCCCGGGGCAGUCCCAGCUACGCCGGGCCCAAAUUCAGCGAGCCGCCCUCGCCCAGCGUGCUGCCCAAGCCACCCAGCCACUGGGUGUCCUUCCCUAUGAGCACUGGCGAGAGCAGGGAGGUGAUGACCUUCCAGCUUAAGAGCCUCUUAAAGGUUCAUGCCUGACAGGGAAAAUGGCUGUAAUACACUUUUUAAAGUUUUUAAAUCAGAUGUUACAGUCCUACUGCCUUGCUGGUGACGUCAAAGCGGAUACCCUCCCCACCCCGUUGGUUUUCGUUAUUUUUAUUUUGGCUAUCAAAGCAGAUUGGGUGCACUUAUUUUUCCACGUUACUUAAUUCCUGUGUCACUUUUAGGGUCCACAUCUGUGGACAUAUACAGCAGUUUUUAUUUUUAUAUUCUAGAAUGGUUUGCCAGCAUGCAGUCCAAUCGCUUUUUUUUUGUAGCACAUUUCAAAACGAUGUUCUUGUUUGAAGACGGUAGGACGCUCAACUGCGAUUCUGCAGGGAAAUCAUGUGUACAUUGUUUUUAAAUGGCAUAUGGUGAAAAGUUUAUCAUGGCACACAGGCCUUAGGCAGUCGACUCCUGCGUACCCCUUUUUUAUUGCGCUGUGCGCACAUGCACUGCAGGAGGCGAGCUGCUCUAUGGCCUGACACAUGUUCACACUGCCUCCCAAAGACGAACAUUUUUCUGCUGCCGUUCUUGUUAUGGUCCACCUUUUUGGAGGUAGUAUUUGGAAGGGGGCGAAACCCACGUGGGUGAAAUCUAAGACCAGACACUUACUCACACUGUGUGAAAUGUCCCACAUGAAGGGCAGAAAGGCGGGUAAAUGCAGUCUUUACGUUUGUGGUGUGUCCAAGUGGUCUUGUUGCACUUUGGUGAUGCCGUGCGUUAACCAAAGCUGUUCCCCCUCCCUAAUGUUCCCGUGCCCCAGUCUCGUCUUGUAACGUUCGCUUGUGCCGCCUCAACACGCGGAAGAGAACCGAUCCGUUCGGUCCUGUCUGCGGCACAAGUUGACAUUGAAAAGGCGAGACUGUGUCGCCAUUUUGUUACUUAAUGAGCAUGGUGCGUUGUUGUUCCAUUGUGAAUUUGAGCCCAUUUUGCACCACACUUGCUCCAGUUGUGUUAAGUUACAGGCUGUAACAUUGUUGAAUCAACAGACGCGUAAUUGACUAUCUUGUUUUCCUCCUUACGUGAGCCAUUUUUUUUUUAGUUUUUGAUUUGUAGUUGCUUUCCCUGUGCAGAAUUGAAUCUGCUUCAUAGCCAGACUAAAGACGACAAAACCUCAUUUGUUGAUCAUGUCUUUCAGGAGCCAUGUAAAUAAUGACGAUGGCAUGUAUAAAGUCGUUGUAGCAUAAUGUACAUUUGCAGGCCCACAGUGCGGCAGAGGCUUGCAGACUAAAGUAUUUUUUAGUACUAAUAACACUGAAUGUAUGAGAUUCAUCCUGUCUCGACUUCGAUGAGCCUGAAGAAUAUUUUUGUUAAGAAAAAAGAAAACUGAGCAUGUCAAUAUGAGUGAGCCAUGCACUGAAGUCUUUCCGGAGAUAUUGCACAUGUUUUUAUGAUUCAGUGUAGGGUGAAAGAAGUGAAUUUACCAUUGGAAUUGGAGAUUUGGACAUAUGACUUCUAUCUGGAUGAUUUUUUUUACCAUUUGAGUUGUGCUUAAGUUAAAGCCCUUUUUAGAAAAACAAUUUGAACAUUUUUGUCCUAAAUACUUUCCCAGGCACCCUUCUCAGCUGUUCUUCCGCCAGCUGAUUUCCCCCCCCCCCCCCCCCGUUUUGUUUUUCCCUAGAACCAUCUGCCAGCUGAUUUUUCUCAUCCCACAAUUGUUCAUCCAGUUAAGUUGUGCAUUGCAAAGUCUCCUCAUGCUAAAUUGGAACUUGUUUCGUCAUCAAUUGGAUUUAAAUUAUUUGUCCCCACCGAUAAUGUCAUUGUAUGUGAAAACACGCCCUGUUUAAGAUUGGUAACAAUUGGUUAAAGAAAUUUGAAAAAGCAUUCUUGAUUUGAAGAUUAAAUUUUACAGCAAAAAAUAAAAUCCCUUACCCUCCCCCCCAAAACCAUUUGACUUGUCUUGAUUUUACAUUUUAUUGGUAUUGUCCAAAGAGCAGUUUUAUACUCACAAUUCAGUUUUGGCAGAGGUGAAUUUUUAUUUUAUUGAACUACAAGAGAACAGUUGGUUAGUCCAGUUAUUGUACAAAUGCCAACAUUCUGAUCAUGACCAUAAACUGUUGCCAUGACUACAGUUGAUUUCCAUUUAAAAAUAUGCCCAUGUGAAAUGUUAGGUUGCUAAAAUUAUCGCCUUUGUGUUUCAACAGUACUAGCAAUUUUCAAGUAGCAUUUACAUAACUAAAAGGUGUACAAAGGGUGGCUGGGGAUUCUUCAGACACAUAGGGCGUUACUGCCUUCUAGUGGCGUUGUGGGGGUAUUGCUGAAAUUAUGUAACGUGCAGUAUGAAAGGUAUAUUUACAUUAGCAUUAUGCUGUAAUGGUAUUUUGUAAGGCUGAUCAACCAACUAUAUGCUAACCCUAACUUUCCUGUGCUAUGGUUAUCCCACACACAAAAAAUCAAAACAUUUGAUUCACUCAGCUGGAGUCAAACUCGAUGUCAAACUCUUAUGAAGUCUUUUGCCCACAAAAUGUUUCAGGGAUAGGAGAUUCCAGUGUAAUUAAUAGCCCAUCAUAGGGACCUAAUGCGUAGAAGUUAAGGGAAUUGUGUUAAAAAGAUUUUAAUAGUUGGAAAACUGUACCUCAUAAAACGAGUCACGGAACACAAAUGUACAA